AUGUUGGGAUUUGUUCGUCCAUUAUUGCGGAAAACGACAAACUUCUAUCAAAACUUCAAUUUAUUUCCAUCCAUACCACCUUCAACUAAUCUUUUUGAUCUUCGUAUUCAACGAAUAGCAACACGAUUAUAUAUUUUAUGCUUACUUCUUUCAACAACUACUAUCAUCAUAUACAUUUCCUUGGUUAAAAUCACAAAUACCGUAAAUGUUAAUAAACCUUCUUUCAAAGAAUAUUUACGCUUACAUUCGAUACAUUCGGAAACUUUAAUAUGUCCAUGUACAACAAUAUCUAUCGAUUAUAAAGCAUUUCUUCAUGUCGAACAUACACUUCAUCAAGUAUGUACUAGUAUUUAUGUUACUAACGAUUGGAUAAAUUACUUAUCCUUAUCAUUUGACGAUAUUCCAUAUGAUCCUCCUGAUUUUCGAUGGACAGUACCUUUGUCAUAUGACGCUUGUGAUUGUGGCUAUUCUGAUAAAUGCAGUAUGCAAUUAGGUAUUUACAGCUAUCCUAACUUAACUACAUUGUUUUCAAUAGCAGGCUUUUAUACGGGAUGUUUUGUUAUGGAAUCAUUGUUACAAUCAACUCUCGAAUGCUUUUAUAAUCAAACAUGUGUCGAUGAGUUACGCUCAUAUUUGGCAUCUAAUACAUCCCUGACUGUAAACGCACUUGACUCAUUUUUACCAAGUCGCUUUUUUGAAAAUACAACUAUACAAAAACUUGUCGAUGAAUUAAUGGUUGAACAAUGGAAUUUAUCCAUCACGUUUGAGAGUUAUUAUUCUGCUUGUCAACCAAUAAAAUGUACUUACAGUUAUACAACAAAACAUGAUAUAAUUUAUAUUAUGACUACAGUCUUCGGUUUAAUUGGUGGUAUGGUGACAAUUUUAAAACUUGUUAUACGAUUACUAGUUAAACUUGUAUCUAGAAAUAAAAGAUUAUGUAUUGCAACUACGGUAUGCAGUAGCAUUUUUGUCACCAAUGUUUGGAUAAAUUAUAUUGAUGGUCGUUCUUCAAACGAUAUUCUUGCUGUGGAUGAUUUUCGAUGGACUGGUCCAAACACAUUUCGAGCACUGAGUGGAUUCUGUGAAUUAAUAAAUAAAACUAUUUCUGAAAAUUUGAUUCGAUUUUAUUCAACACAGUAUGUUAGUGCCACGACUACAUCAACACAACUAUUUCAAUCAACAGCUCAAUACUUUUUUGAACAAUUUAUUUCUUCAACAACGCAAAAUCUACUAUUGUCAUUACAAGUUAUACGAGAUACAACUCAAGCUAAUAGUUUAUGGAGUGUAGCAGGUAUACAGUACCGAUUACAGAAAUACAAUAACUCUCGAAAUCUAUCAUUAAAUGUUCGCAGUCAUUCUGGUUGUAGCUGUGAUGAUUCAGCAAAAUGCAUCCGACAAUCAUCUAUUUAUAGAUAUUCUGAUCAAACUAGAUUGUUUUCAGUACCAGGUCUAUAUGUAGGAUGUUUUGUAACAGAAGCAUUAUUACAGUCAUCUCUUCAAUGCUUUUACAAUCAAACAUGUAUCAAUGAAUUACGAACGUAUUUAACAUAUAAUUCCUCACUAAUUGUAACAGCACUUAAUGCGUCUAUGUCAAAUCGCUUUUUUGACAAUUCAACCAUCCAAGAACUUGUGGACGCGUUAAUGAUUGAACAAUGGAAUUUGUCUACAGCAUUUGAGAGCUAUUACAAUGCAUGUCAACCAAUGCAAUGUACUUAUACUUAUGCAGCUAGAAAUGAUAUUAUUUAUAUUUUGACUACAUUGUUUGGUUUAGCCGGUGGUUUGGUAACAGUACUGAAGUUUAUUGUGCCACUACUAGUUAAACUUGUAAGAAACAGAAAAAGAUUAACAAAGGUACAGCCAGGUAAGCGAACAGGAUAUGACUUAUUGAUAUAAAAUUUUGUGAUUUAUUUACUAAAAUUAAGAUUUUUUCUAAGCAGAUAAACACUAUUUGUAGUUUAUAUGAAUGUUGCUUUCCACCGUCAUUCCCGUUAAAUUCUUAUCUAAUUAAGUUUAUUUAUGUAAAAGUUUUCAAGCUUGAGUGUUAUUUGUAGAAAUGUUUUUCCGUAAAAAAAACUCAGUUUUAUAAACCGAGAUAGACUGGAAUUCUUACUUGCUCAUGAUCUAUUAAUUACUUCAAAAGGAAUCAAUAAGAUUCUAUCACUGAAAAUAUAUUUAGGACUUAGCAUCAUUCUAAAUGAAAUCCAGCAAAUAUGUAUAACUUCUUCGAGUAAAAUUUCAGAAUUGAUAUUCGUUCACUUUAUAUUUGUAUUUAAAUAAGCUCAUUGUUCAAGAAAAGUCCCACUUUCCGCUAGAAAAAUUUUAGUUUUUUCAAUUUUGAAGCUACAAAAAUCACAAGUUUGCGACAUUUUCUAUAGGAAAAAAGCAAUUUUUUUCCUGUCCUGAUUUUUUACAAACCUGAUUUUUGAUUAAAAACUUGCGGAAUCGUCCCUUUUUUCCGACACAAUACAUCUGAUCGAGCUAAAACUUUUUCUUCAAGUAUCGAAUAGUGUUUUGAGUGACCAUCUCGUUUUACUUUGAGA